CAUAUGUUAUAUUAUGUGGUUGACUGGUUGUACUUUAUAUAAUCAUGAAAAAUUAUAACAACUUUUGAAAUUAAUUUACUUCAUACUUUUUUGAACUUGUAAUAACUAUAUUUACAUAUGAAAAAAAUAACAGGGGAACGGUAAUCUUCAAGUGUUGAAUAAUGUGAUUGGUUCCCAUUAUAAUACGAAAGUAAAAUAAUAACUAGGUCACAUCGUAUUGCACAGUAGUCUAGGAGUUAAGAAGGUUUUAUUAGGAUGUGACAAUUCAUAACCAAACAAGCAAAAGUCUCUGUAUCAGACGGAGGCCACUGACUCGUCACGUCACAACGUCAUUGACCCUCAAUAUUUGAAAUUCUCAAGAGAAGGGCUAAAAGCGGGAACAAAAAGGUGAAGCCUUUGCGAGAGAGCAUAUGCGCUUAAAACAAACGAGGGGUUUGAUGAUCUUCUGAGUUCUGAUAGAUUAAAACUCUUCGGAAGUGGGUAGUGAUGGAUGAUGAGAGAAGGGUAGUGUGUCGAGAAAACCAAUGUUUAGUAGAUUACUUGUUACAGAAGAAGCGAGAACAGGUAGAUAAGCCCGAGGGCUUGUCGGUAAAUAUGGAGAGGACAUUUGUUAAGGCGUAUAGAAAUGUCUGCGACUCCAAAGAUCCCAUUAGCACACUCAAAGACUUGUUUCAUAUCAAGGGCUUCGGAAAGUGGAUGCUUACGCUCAUGAAAGGAUACUUUGAUAAUGGAACUGCAAGUUCCGGUAAUGUGCAAAAGGCCAAGGAGAGAAAACGUUACAUUCCCCAAAGAAACUCUGCUGCUUAUGGAUUACUAAUAACACUGCACAGAGGGACUCAGAAUGUGAAAGAUUUCAUGCGUAAACAAGACCUUAUUGAUGCUACUGACGCAAGUGGGCUCUCGCACGCUUCUAUCGCGCCAGAGAAAGGAAAAGGGAAAAUAGGUCUUGGCCUCUCUAAGAGAGAGUAUUAUAGUGGAUGGAGCUGCAUGACGACGCUUAUACAUAAGGGAUUAGUGAUUAAAUAUAGCAACCCAGCAAAGUACAAGCUGACAGUCCAAGGUCGAGAAGUAGCAGAUGAAUGUAUUAUGCGAUCUGGAUUGUCCAUUAAUGAUGAAAUAGAUAUUGCACAAACACAUGCCCAUGUAAGAUCCAAGGCAGAUUCUUCAGCAGGAACUUCAAGAGCACAAACUUGUGAAGUUGACAUCUUAACCGAUGAUGAAAUGGAUAUUGCACAGCCAUAUACUCAUCCAAAAUCCAAGGAACAUUUUUCAGCAGGAACUUCAAGAGCACAAACUUGUAUGGUUUUUAACAACCAUAAUAUCCUUUACUGUUGUGUCCGUGACAUUUCACAAAGUCUUGGCCACAAAUUGACAGGUCACGUUGAUCUUGAGAGGUCUCGUUUUAAGAAAUUUCGCUCUUCCAGUGAUGGAUACACCUUAACUCCACGUUCAUCCAGUUCUAGUCAUGCCUUCAAAGACUGCUCAUCUUCUGUAUGUAACCCAUUUGCGUUCACUAGAUUGUUAGCUGUAUGGUGUGAUCUUGAUCAGGCUCAAACUUAAGAGAUGGGAUCCAAUGUAUGGAGAAGCUAAGCAACUGAUCAAAUCUUGGCUUAAUGGACAGUUUCAUGGUCUUAUUGGCAUGAUCUAUGAGGUUCUGGAUAGAGAGAAGAGAAGAACUCUUAGUACUGCCUGGAAACAACUUGAACAAGAAGGAUUCAACCAGCUGAGCUUCACAGGAGCUAUGGAUAUCAAUCCCCACGUCCAAGUAUGUAUGAAGAACAAGGAAAACAUGUCAGGAAGUUUUUGGAUUGAGUUUGAUUUGAAGUUAAGCGAAAUAAGGCUUUUCCGGCCCAAAAGGAGAGCUGCAACUAUAAUCUUGAUCCACUUGCUUUCUUGCUGGACCAACAUCACGUGGAGGAUCAAAAGACCAUCAGGAGACACUCAAAGAUCAAGUUCAAGUCGUGGCCUAUCAUAAACCAAAGAAGAACCAGCUUGUUGGUUUAAUGUUAUUUCUGUGUAAUUGAUUUCAUUUAAAUUAAACCAAGUUUUAAUAGAAUUAGGAUUAGACCAGUAAUAAACCAAUUUGGAAUUGGAUUAGGAAUAGAAUUAAACUAAACCAUUCUGGUUUAGGAUUAGGGUAGUUUGGCGU